UAAGUGACUUAGAGGUUAUCUCGCCUCCCGAAGACUCCAUAUUAGAUGUCAAUGGCCUGAUCGAAAGCAUCAAGACCGAAAUAGUUGGGACAGUCAAGGCUGAAUUGGCCGCCCUUCAGGAAGUUUUUUCAGGGAUCUCCUCGGCAAUCGUCAACAUGCAAGGGGAACUCUCCAUGAUUAGAAAAGAGCAAGCUGACCUUGCACACACGCAUACGCCUAUUAGUACGGUGCAAUCAGAUUCCCGUAUAUCUGCGCUGGAGGACAAGUGUAAGGAACAGGAAGCGCGCCUCAAGUCAGUAGAGCAUAUGCAACACAUGUACACUGAACCGACCCCACUCAAAAAGGCUGGCGAUACCGUAUCCAAGCCGGGUGCACGUGGGCUGCAAAUGCAGCAAGCCAACCAAGGGCGCCUCAAGUCAGUAGAGCAUGUACAACACACUGCACCGACCCCAUUCAAAAAGGCGGGCGAUACCGUAUCCAAGCCGGGUGCACAUGGGCUGCAAAUGCAGCAAGCCAACCACAUGGAUACCACUACAAGUUGUAGCACUUGCAGAUCCACGACCCAGCAGCGCGUAUGGGCAUCAGUGCUCAAUAGCUCCAGUGACAACGGAGCACUUCGGCCCUCCUCCAAGCCAUCGGUCACUGCGCAGCCACCUCUCCCACAGGAGCACCGCCAGCAAACUAACCAGCACCAACGACCCCAACAGCGACAACAACAACAACAACAACAACAACAACAACAACAACAACAACAACAGCGCCAGAAGCAGCAGCAGCAGCAACAACAGCACCACCAACACCACCAACACCAGCAACACGACGAACAAUGGACUACAGUUACCAGCCGCAAACUGAGAGGUUCUCUUGGCUCCCUGCGGAAAGUAUACUUUGUUGGCAAUAUUGAUGACAGUUGCGACGCAGACUCCAUAACGUCCCACUGUGUCCAGAAUGGCAUCACACCCACAGCUUGCCGCACCUUUCCUUCUCGCAAGCAUGUAGGCACAAAAGCUGCAAGGCUUACAGUCCGUGAAGACCAAUGUGCAGCCAUCGAGGCAGAUGGGUUUUGGCCAGCGCCCAUUCAGGUUCGGCCAUGGGACUUCAGCGAGGCAAAUAGGCCCACAGCCACCAACUAAUCGACCGUGUUCCCACUCAAUCCCCAUGCACCAGUCUUCUUACCUCGCAUCUAUCGUGCCCAACCCUGCUCAACAGCAGCCACGACCUUGUUCCCACUCAACCCCCAUGCACCAGUCUUCAUACCUUGCACCUAUCGUGCCCAACCCCGCUCAACACCAGCCACGACCGUGUUCCCACUCAAUCCCCAUGCACCAGUUUUCAUGCCUCGCACCUAUCGUGCCCAACCCCACUCAACGUUUGUAAGAGAACAACCUCCACCUGAUACCACACCAGUAAACGCAUCCCCCCACAACAAUAACAAUAAUUCUUGCAUUCGGAUAUGUACCCUGAACUGUCGUAGUAUGAAACAUAAACUGGCUGAUAUUACAGACCUCCUUGACCACCAUAAAGUAGACAUUUUGUGUAUAACGGAAACGUGGCUAAAUUCGUGUAUCCCAGACGAGAUCAUUAAGAUACCGGGUUACGACCUGUUCCGUCGUGACCGGUCCCAGUGCAGCACUACAUGGAGCGACUUGGGUGGUGGUGGGGUAGCAGUCUUCUCUUCGUCCGCCCUUUGUGCUAUGCGCCGCCGGGAUCUAGAGUGCAACAAUUCAGAGAUGAUAACUGUCGAAACAGGAGCUACAAUCAUUUCCUGUAUGUACCGUCCUCCAAGACACGAUAGUCUUGCAUUCUGCAACUCAUUCAGUCCUCUUCACCCCCUCGUUGACAACCGUCCAGUAAUUGUCGUGGGAGACUUUAACUCCAAGAACAAUGAGUGGAACAACGCAGACCCUACGAACACUGCAGGUAGACACAUGCAGUCCGCCUUUGACGACUAUGGCUUCACUAUGGUCUCCAAGAACCAUGGAACGAGGCCAACUAAAGAUUCUAAUCCGUCCCUAGACCUGAUUUUAACUAAUAUGCCCCAUCUUGUCACUUCAUGUUACACAUCCAUGCCCAUUGCA